GCUACAUUUCGAAUAGCCCCUGGAGGAAGCUAUUGUGCAACGCCCGGCUAGCUCAGUCGGUAGAGCAUGGGACUCUUAAUCCCAGGGUCGUGGGUUCGAGCCCCACGUUGGGCGAUGAUUUUGUUCUUCGACUGUUAGGCUCACUUCCUGGAAUUGUCAAGUCUGCAAGGUUCCGUGCACAUCUUUCUUCCAAUAUGAGCAGAUCAAUAGGAUUUCACAUUUGCAUGGUCAUAUGCAGCAUCCUGCUCUACUCCACCAGCCUGCAAUGCCUAAGCUUUCAGACACUGAAGAAAGACACAGGGUGGGUCCAACAAACUGCAUUGGCAGGGAAUGGGCUGGAAGACAAGAGCAUGAGCAUGCAAAGCCUGGAAAAUAACCUACGCCCUUCUGAGCAAACAGCCCACGUUGCUGUCACAGAAGAGCCAUCUGGGGUAUCAGCAGAGCCAUCUGGGACUUCAUUAAACAAGAUCUUCACUGCUAAAGGAGAAACGCAACACACGAGUCUUAGCGAUAAUCUUUUCAUAGGCAGCAAGAGCCUUGAUGUUUAUACCCCUGUGGAGUCAAUGGUUGCAACAGACGAAAGUGAGUUGAGUCCCACUGGGCCAAACAAAGAACUGAGUGAAAACGGGCUAUUGAAGGCCAUGCUAACAACAGCAUUGACAACUCUCAACCCGGACAUUGAGGCUGAUGUGCUCAGUAGUACGGUGAUCAAGACAACAGUAGGAGGUAGCACAGAGGCAGGGCAUAGUUUUAUUAGUGACCUGGAUAACUACUUUUUUAGGACGGAUGCUAUAGAAGGAAAGAAGAAGGCAGAUGAUGGUUCCGACCUCUCAGCUACACCCCAGCUGAGCUAUGAAGAACGACCCACUCUGCACCCCAGAGCCCAAAACUCAGAGGUGGUGAGUGACUACCCCACAAGCCCCGUAAUUUUGGCCGAUCAAACAGCUGAUUCAGAGCACGGAACUCCCAAAGGAGGGAGCCUGUUGCAGCUAACAGCUGCAGAUGCCCUCACUGCGGAACAGACAUUUGUAUCCACUGAUGCCUCCCUAAAUUUGGAAGCAGAAACCGACAGCAGGCAAGGAAGUUUGCGCGUGGAAGCUAGUGCUGUCACAGUGGCUCCUGCUGUCUCUGUGCUGAGUGAUGAUUGGGAUGAUACAAAAUUAGGAGCUAUAAGUCAGGUAAGAGGCUCAAAGCAUGAGGAGAUAAAACAGAACUAUGUGGGAGCGGAACCGCCAUGGACAACAGGAGGAGAUGAGGAGGAUGACGUGAAAAGAGCCAUGCCGUUUACAGCUUCUGCAGAUGCAGCUACCAUGAAAUUAGAAAAAAACAUGUUCCCAGAGCCAGCACAGGUGCCGGUGCAGGGAGAGGUGAUGCCAACAUUUUCCGCUGUCCAAACUUCUGUUUAUUUCACAAGUCCCUUGGCAGAAGCUGAAGUGGCUGCUAUAGACACCAUGAAAAAUACAGAACCAAUCACAAUGGAGGAUAGGAAAAGUGUCUCCUUGUUAUUGCCAGAGACGGUUACUAUGAUGGACACAAAAUCCAAUGUCUUCCUUACCCCGGGAAAUACGUUACAAGGUGUUCCUCAAGAGAUGAUGACAGCCAGUCAAGAAACUGAUGCCACCUUGCCAGUCAUGACCCCACCAUGCUUUGCUAUACAGGAAACCACAAGAGAAACAAGUGUGACCGAGGAAGAAAGAAAGGGAGGAACCCUGAUACCGACUGUUUCUAGUGUGGCCCAGCUGUUGAAAAAGUCAGAACACUCUGACGCUACCAGCUCCUUUACUGCUACCUAUUUGUCUAUUGCAAAAACCCCAGAUGCUGAAGGUAGGAUUUUGUGCUUUCAUUUCUCUACAAACUUUCAGGGGAUGGAGGAGGAGGAGGAAGAGGAAGAGGAAGAAGAGGAAGAGGAGGAAGACAGAGAUACAGACUCGAUGGAGGAAAGCCUGGAGGGUGAUACGGAGCUGCCAGGUUUCACUCUCCCUGGUGAAACGUCUCAGGAGCCCAUAGCGGGCAUAGGAGACUCUGCAGCACAGCUGGCCGGGGUGUCAUACCAAGUUCCAGACACUAUUGAAUGGGAACAGCAAAACCAGGGCCUUGUAAGAAGCUGGAUGGAAAAGCUAAAAGAUAAGGCAGGAUACAUGUCUGGGAUGCUGGUUCCUGUGGGGGUCGGUAUAGCUGGAGCUCUGUUUAUCCUGGGAGCGCUCUACAGCAUUAAGAUCAUGAAUCGCCGAAGGAGAAACGGCUCCAAGAGGCAUAAAAGAAAGCAGAGGGAAUUUAACAGCAUGCAGGAUCGAGUAAUGCUCUUAGCCGAUAGCUCUGAAGAUGAAUUUUGAGUCGGACCUCAGAGCUGUUGUGACAUCCAGUGACUUUUGGGGGCAGGGGAAAAAGAGGGGAGCAAAAAAGGAGGCGUUUGUGCUGCAUCUCUGCUAUCAGCCACCGCACACCACUGUGUAGUGGUUUUGACACCCUGGCAAAACAGGCAUGUUGUAUUCUAAAUGUAAUGCGCAAUGAUGUUUGUUUUUAUACUGUAGUGAGAUUGCACAUUCACACAGGGCACCUCAUUGAAAUGCAGAAUACGUAUCGUUACAGCUGGUGCUGAUACUUACGGAUGAUUGCUUUGUUUUUAUCACAGUGUAAUAUUUUUGUUCCAGCUGAUGGUAACUAAUCAUAAUUAUUGCUGUCACCUGAUUUCAGGAUGGAAACCUUCACCAAGAAUGACUUUUGUCCAAGUAGUUAACUGUAAAUGUUACAUUACUGGAGCUAGUUUGUCAGUGCUAAAAUUAGCUGUUCUGCUUAAUUAACAAACUACACCCUUGAACCACCUCCCUCGCCAACAGGGAGAUGCCAAAGUACAGUCCAAUUAUAGACAUAAUAAUAGACUCAUUUGUAUAUUGCUUGCCCCAAUUUCCCUUGUCCUUUAAAAUCCCACCCUUCAACUGUGUUUCAUGUUUAGGGAAAACAUAUGGAAAUGGCAACAAAGCAUGAUUCACAGCCUAAAUAUUCAGAGCCGUCUUCACCAGCAUUAUAACAGCACAACAAAUGCCACCACAUGCACACUGACAAAUGCUAAGGAGCUCUUUGCACGAAUUUCUUAGCUUUUAUUCAGUGUGCCAUUUGAAUAUCAAGCAGGCAAAAGAAUGAGAAAAGGCAGGCUAGAGAGUUUUCACCAUAAGGGCCUUGUUUGUUUGUUUGUUUGCUUGGCGUGACAUACUUAGGGUGCAGGGCUCUGCCUGCUUAGCGGAGUUGGAGAAAUAAUAAUUUGUCUAUCUCUUUUUUCAAUUGGUAACUAACCGUU